CGCGAACAGAGAAACAAAACACCCCGUUGAAGAGCAUUUGUCCGGCAUACACGCCCAAGACCCGACGAUAAGACAACGGCUAUCCUUGCAAUAUGUCUUCUGACUCGGUAGACCGCUGUUUCGCUCAUGCCUUGGCAACAGUCAGGCGAAUACCGGGUGGACCUACACGACCGCCAUUCGCCGAUCGUCUGGAGCUAUAUGGACUCUACAAGCAAGCUACGGAGGGGGAUGUUCAUGGACUCAUGCCUCGCCCGACAGGGAACAGUGACGAAGAAGCUUCCGCCCGUGCGAAGUGGGACGCCUGGGCUGCACAAGCCGGGCUAUCCAAGAAUGAAGCAAAGCGAAGAUACAUCUCGAAACUCAUUGAUAACAUGCAACGUUAUGCCUCACCACACCCAGCUACCACAGAGCUGAUAAGUGAGCUCGAAUUCGUUUGGUCACAAAUCAAAGAUGCACCAGCUUCGAGUGCAACAACCUCACGCGAAUCGUCGCCUGCGCGGUCGCCGGAGCAUCUCCGAUUCGGAUCAUCGUCCUUAGGACAGUACUUCCGCCAUUCACGUACGCAUACACUCGAAGGUGACGACGCCGGACCAUGGGAGGAAGGCUCGAGUAGAAUGGUAGGACGCGGUGCGGUGAGAACUAGCACGUCCAGGUGGAAGGAAGAUGUUGAGAGGGCAUUGGAGGGGUUGCGGGUUGAGGUUACAGCAUUAAGCGAAGAGUUACAGGCGUCAAGGGCGCCACCUCCUCCACCACCGUCCUCUCGUACGAGCCCUCUUACGAAAAUAUCUAAGGGUUUCUUGAUGUUCCUGAGCAAGCAUGCAUUGUUUGACGGCAUUGUCCUUAUUUUGGCUUGGCUUUGGUUCCAGAAAGGAGAAGCAUUCCGAGGUUUGUUGAGAAGAGUGUUUUCAGAUUGGCUCUGGCGAAAGAUCCUGAAGGCACGGAGCAAGACUAGGCGUCAGCACGCGGCGGAGUAAUACGAUAAACUUGAUGGCGAAGGUGAGUAAUGCUACAGGGGAGGAUGAUUUGCAUGACAGGGUGACGACGAAGAGUGUACUAGUAGGGGAUA